AGCUGAUAACGUACGUACAGUACUGUUACCGACGGAAAGCGAUGAGCCCCCUGCAUCUAGACCUGUCCUGGGAAGAAGAAGAAAUUGAGGCGGAGCCGCCGGUGCACCGGAGUCGAAACUGUGAAGACCAUGAUGAUGACCGUUAUCUGUGGUUCAACACGCACUUGCGGCCAUCGGACGUCGUGGAGGCGAUGGAACACAGACCUAAAUACGAGUAUACAGUCACUGGACGCAAGCGCAUCAAACCGGGGUCUAGGACAACUACGCUAGGGACAAAGCUGGAGGUGAACGGGAAGACAGUGGCAAUAUUCAAAUAUGGUGGCGGGAUCUAUGCCAUUCAAAACGCCUGUCCACACCAGGCUGCGUCAUUGCAUCUAGGCGACAUUGAAGACAUUGAUGGCACAUUGUGCGUCUCGUGUCCACGGCACAAGUGGCCCUUCUCGCUGGAGGACGGUCAGUGCAUCAUUCCAGUAAACCGCCAAGCUGAGUGCUAUCCGAUCCGCGUGAGGCAAGAGCGUGAUGGAUCGAAGAUCCUUUACAUAGGGUUUACCGCGAUUUCGGAAACGUUAUUCCACGACGACUCCUUUUGA